AUGAGCGAGACCAUGCGAGCUAUCGGUAUCAAAGGCGGCAAAGGCCCCGCAACAAGUCUCUUCAUUGACCAGAUCGCCAAGCCCACCGCUACAGAAGGCCAAGCCAUAAUCAAGGUCCGAGCCUUCGGCCUGAACCGCAUGGACCUACUCCAGCGCGAGGGCCUAUACCCCCUCCCACCGCAAGCGCCCCCAACCAUGGGCGUGGAGUUCUCCGGCGUGAUCGAGAGCUUCGGACCAGACGGCCACGAAGACUUCAAGAUCGGCGAUGAAGUACUCGGACUGGCCUACGGUGGCGCCUACGCAGAGUACAUCUGCGUCUCCACUCACAUGCUCGUGCACAAGCCCAAACAGCUAUCCUGGGAAGAGGCAGCCGGAGUUCCGGAGACCUGGAUCACAGCCUCACAGGCACUGUUCCUAAUUGGCGAAUUCAAAUCUGGCAAAAGCGUCCUCUGGCACGCAGGUGCAUCCUCAGUUUCGAUCUCGGGAAUCCAGCUCGCCAAAGACGCCGGCGCGAAAGCUAUCUAUGCAACGGCGGGUUCGCAGGAGAAAAUCGAUUUCCUCGAGAAAGAACUUGGCGUUACAAAAGCCUUCAAUUACAAGACGCAGGACUGGGCGAAGGAGAUCCAGGCUGCGACCUCUGGUGAGGGCGUUGAUUUGACUGUUGACUUCAUCGGUGCGACGUAUUUCCAGGGUAAUCUGGACGUUGCGGCGCGCGAUAGCCGUAUCGUGCUGUUGGGUCUUAUGGGUGGUGGUAAGCUGCCUGAUGGUGUUAAUAUUGCGCCGUUGUUGUAUAAGCGUGUGCGGAUUGAGGGCAGUACGCUGCGCAGUCGGGAUCUUGAGUACCAGCGUAAAUUGCGGGAUACGCUUGUUGAGCAUGCGUUACCUCGGUUCUGUGAUGGGACGUUUAAGGUUUUCGUCGAGAAGGUGUUCCCAUUUGAGAAGAUUGAGGAGGCGCAUAAGUUACUUGAGAGUAACACUACUAAGGGGAAGAUUAUUUGUGUUUUUGAGUAG